AUGGCCCACCGGAAGCGUCAGAGCACGGCGAGCAGCAUGUUGGACCACAGAGCUCGGCCGGUCCCUGUCCCCCACAGCCAGGAGCCUGAGAGUGAGGACACAGAGCUGCCCCUGGAGGGGUACGUUCCCACAGGCCUGGAGCUGGCCACCCUGCGGCCAGAGAGCCCCACGCCUGAGGAGCCGGAGUGCCACAACCACAGCCCCGAUGGGGACUCAAGCUCCGACUAUGUGAACAACACGUCAGAGGAGGAAGACUAUGACGAGGGCCUCCCCGAGGAGGAGGAGGGUGUGACCUACUACAUCCGCUACUGCCCCGAGGACGACAGCUACCUGGAGGGCAUGGACUGCAAUGGCGAGGAGUACCUGGCCCAUGGCGUGCACCAUGUGGACACUGACGAGUGCCAGGAGGCACUGGAGGAGUGGACGGACUCGGCAGGCCCGCACCCCCACAGCCAUGGGGCUGAAGGCAGUCAGGACUACCCGGACAGCCACCUGCCCAUCCCUGAGGACGAGCCCUCCGUCCUGGAGGCCCAUGGCCAGGAAGAAGGCGGCCACUACUGCCCCAGCAAAGAGGGCUACCAGGACUACUACCCCUCGGAGGCCAACGGGAACGCAAGCAGCGCCUCCCCCUACCGCCUGAGGCGCGGGGACGGGGACUUGGAGGACCAGGAGGAGGACAUUGACCAGAUCGUGGCCGAGAUCAAGAUGAGCUUGAGCAUGACCAGCAUCGCCAGCGCCAGCGAGGCCAGUCCUGAGCACAUGCCCACGCAGGGGCCCGAACCAGGUCCUGGGGACUCCAUAGAGGCCUGUCCACCCAGCGAGGCCAGCUGCACCCCCAGCAGGCACGAGGGAAGGCCCAAGUCACUGAACCUCCCUCCUGAGGCCAAGCACCCUGGAGAGCCGCAGAGAGGCUUCAAGGCCAAGAGCAGGACCCCAGAGGAGAGGCCAAAGUGGCCCCAAGAGCAGGUCUGCAAUGGUUUGGAGCAGCCGAGGAAGCAGCAGCGCUCUGAUCUCAAUGGACCCAUUGACAAUAACAACAUCCCGGAGACAAAGAAGGUGGCAUCAUUUCCAAGUUUUGUGGCUGUUCCAGGGCCCUGUGAGCCGGAAGACCUCAUUGAUGGUAUCAUCUUUGCUGCCAACUACCUGGGGUCCACCCAGCUGCUCUCGGAGCGGAACCCCUCCAAGAACAUCAGGAUGAUGCAAGCGCAAGAGGCCGUCAGCCGGGUCAAGAGGAUGCAGAAAGCUGCUAAGAUCAAGAAAAAAGCGAAUUCCGAAGGGGAUUCCCAGACACUGACGGAAGUGGACCUCUUCAUCUCCACCCAGAGGAUCAAGGUUUUAAAUGCAGACACACAGGAAACCAUGAUGGACCACGCCCUGCGCACCAUCUCCUACAUCGCCGACAUCGGGAACAUCGUGGUGCUGAUGGCCAGACGCCGCAUGCCCCGGUCAGCCUCUCAGGACUGCAUUGAGACCACACCCGGGGCCCAGGAGGGGAAGAAACAGUACAAGAUGAUCUGCCACGUGUUUGAGUCGGAGGACGCACAGCUCAUCGCCCAGUCCAUCGGGCAGGCCUUCAGCGUGGCCUACCAGGAGUUCCUGCGGGCCAACGGCAUCAACCCCGAGGACCUGAGCCAGAAGGAGUACAGCGACAUCAUCAACACCCAGGAGAUGUACAACGACGACCUUAUCCACUUCUCCAACUCGGAGAACUGCAAGGAGCUGCAGCUGGAGAAGCACAAGGGUGAGAUCCUGGGUGUGGUGGUCGUGGAGUCGGGCUGGGGCUCCAUCCUGCCCACGGUGAUCCUGGCGAACAUGAUGAAUGGUGGCCCAGCCGCCCGCUCGGGGAAGCUGAGCAUCGGGGACCAGAUCAUGUCCAUCAAUGGCACCAGCCUGGUGGGGCUGCCCCUCGCCACCUGUCAGGGCAUCAUCAAGGGCCUGAAGAACCAGACGCAAGUGAAACUCAACAUUGUCAGCUGUCCCCCAGUCACCACCGUCCUUAUCAAGCGGCCAGACCUCAAGUACCAGCUGGGCUUCAGCGUGCAGAAUGGAAUCAUCUGCAGCCUCAUGAGAGGGGGCAUCGCAGAGCGAGGUGGCGUCCGCGUCGGCCACCGCAUCAUCGAGAUCAAUGGGCAGAGUGUGGUGGCCACGGCCCAUGAGAAGAUUGUUCAAGCUCUGUCCAACUCGGUCGGGGAGAUUCACAUGAAGACCAUGCCUGCCGCCAUGUUCAGGCUCCUCACAGGCCAGGAGACCCCCCUCUACAUCUAG